GCGGUGGCUGGAGGCGUUGGAGGCGCGCAAGGGCGCUUGCACGGGAGCCCAGCAUCCUCCGGAGGAGGAGGAGGAGGAGGAGGAGGAAGAGCCCCCCCAAGGGGCGCUUGGCCCCCCGGCACCCCAGGGAAGGAUGGAGCCGAGGGGGCGCCCGCGGGUCCGGCGCGGCUGGACCAUGCCCGGGACGCUUUGGUGCGGCGCCGGAGACUCGGCGGCCAACGCUUCGGAGCUCGGGGUUUUCCAAGGCCCGGAUGUCUGCUGCCGAGAACAUGACCUCUGCGAGGCUCAGAUCGCCGCCCUGGGUUACAAGUAUGGGAUGCGGAAUUAUCGCCUCCACACCAUCUCCCACUGCGACUGCGAUGAGCGGUUCCGGCAGUGCCUGAGGGACCUCAACGACCCCAUCUCCAACUUCAUCGGGAUCAGCUUCUUCAACCUGCUGGAGGUUCCCUGCUUCGUCCUGGAGGAGAGCGAAGAGUGCCUGGAGUGGCACUGGUGGGGCGGGUGUAAGGCGUACGGCCUCAUGCCUUUGGCUCACCUAGUUUCGCAGGCUCCCUACCAGCCCCUCUUGUUGUCGACGGAAGGACCCGGCCCGGCCACAACACCGGCCCGGCCCAGAAAACGCAAGGGAAAGGGCCGGAAGCGCCAUCGGAAGAACCGAAAGAACCGGAAGCGCUUCAGAUCAAAGGCCACGGAGGCGCCCGGUGGUCUGCAUCCGGAACCUUCUGGGCCGUGGGGUUCUGUUGCUGCCCCGACCCCGGUCUUGGAGUCAGAUCUUGUCACGUGGCCCCCCGUGGCCUCAAGCUCGGGACCCACCCCUGGACGGACAAGGACUCUACCGCCACUGCGACCCACCCUUGAAGGCACGUCAGAACCUGGCCUGUGGAAGACGGGUGUGGGUCUCCCCACGGAUCCCCAGAACGUCCAGCAAACCCACACAGGAGUUUCUGGGCUUCCCAAGGACGUGGGGCAGAAAGGGAAGCCCGUCUCUGGUGCUGGAGGGCAUGGAGAUGCUGUUACCUCCAGCAGUUCAGCUCCAUCCCAGAGCUGCAGCUGCUACCGACGCCUGGAUCAGUGCCCGUACAGGAUUGCGCCCCACGAGGUCAAAUACCAGCUGCACAACACGGAUUCCCGUACGCUCUUCCACUGCAACUGUACCCGCCGGCUGGCCCGGUUCCUGCGACGAAACCAAGGUCCCAACGAGGUCGAAGGGGAGGUGCUUUCCAGCUACGUCUCCUCCUCCUGUUUCGUCUUGCAACCACCUCCGGGUUGCCUGGAGGGGCAGGAAGAGUGGCCCAACUGCAUUGAUGUGGGCAAGGCCAUCGUGGCUCCCGCCCGCCACCUCACCAACCGCCUGAUGCGCAGGCACCCGGGCCCCUCCCUCAAAGUGAAGCGGCAGGAGCAGCAGCCGGCGCCUCCCGGCGGGUCCUUCCUCCUGUUUGACAGAUGCAUGCAACUGGCCCGGUCUGCCCGCCGUGCGGGGUCCCGCUGAGCCGAGCCUCGAUCUUCCUCUUUCCACGUGGACACGGAGGGCACGUGGCCUGGGGCCAGGCUGUGGCCGAGCCCAGCUUGGAGGGAUCAGACCCGCGAGGGCUUUCCCUGAAGGAGGCCGCCUUGCGCCACAGACUCCGGCGUAACCCAUGGGCUGCCACCCGGUGCCGUUUUUGUGGCCGGCAAAGAUGGAUCCCGCUGUGAAUCCAGACCCGAUGUGUCUGGAGGACACUUUGUCUUUUGAAUGAUGCUGCUGGGCCCUCAAGGGACAGAUCCUGCACAAUGUGGCCCAGGGGGUCCACUCAGUCUAAAGAAGGUUGGCCCCCUUGUUUCACAGUGGGCUCUCCGAGAUUCAGGACGCAACCCGGCGCCUUCUGUCGGCGUGACAUCAUCAUGAUGUCUUCUGACCCAAAACCACCAACGGUGGGUUGCCAAAACUGGCCAGGAACUGUCUCGUUGCACUGAAAUUGUUCAUUCAAGGACGCACAGACUAUGGAGCAGAGACAGAGGCUCUGCAUUUUUGCUAGUAAUUUAUUAGGAGGGAAAAGGUCUGGAGGUGGGGACGGAUUUGUAAAUAAAAUUGCAGUAAAUGAA